GGAAAGAGUUUCGGAUAUUUCAGCAAAGAGUUCAGAUCCGGCCAAGAACAACAGCAGCAGCAGCAGCAGCCAUCACCACAAGAGACAAAGUCCAAGGUGACCAAGGGGGAUGGCCGGAUCCUCGUGCUGUGCGACGACGUCGAGGAGAUUGUGUUUGGGCGCCAAUCGAACCCGGCCAAGGUGUACGGGCGCAAGAAGAACCGGGCAUCGCGCGUCAUCCACGCUCGUGACGACGACGACGGCGGCGGCAAGAACAGAGACACCGCUGCAGACAAACGAUGUCCUUCCUACGGGACUACCAAGUAUCAGACGGACAGCGGAGACAGCGCCGUCGAGCUGGACUACGACCUUGACGAUGAGGAACACAGUAGCGGGGACGAAGAGCAUCACCCGCAUGGAAUUCACAGAUCUACGAGCAACAGCAACAACAACAGCAACUACAAUGAUAACAGCAACAACACCAAGACCACCAGCACUGGUAUCGACGGACACACGGCUGCCGCGUUGUCAGUACGAAGUGGCACGAGGGUCCGACCUGCGCAGAUCGUAUCCGAGGUCAACGGCAGCGUUGGCGGCGAAAAGGGCCGCGCGGAACGGUCGGAGGAGACGGAGGAAAUGGCACGGCGGCGGAUCGAGGGCCAGCAACGGGCUCAGCGCAAGGAGAUGGUGCGUUGCGCUGCGAGGCGUGGCGUGGUGUUUGGCUUCAAAGUCGGCCUGGAGGGCGUCGCAAGUACAGGCGCCGUGGGAGCCCGCCAUGGUGGUGAGAUGGAUGGCAAGGCAAGCGCCUCCAGCAAAAAGAAGAAAAGGUCGGGGAGAACCCCAGGGGCUGAAGGCGCUGACGACACGGACGUCCCUAGCGGUGCUCCUGUGAUGCGCAAAUGCGAGGCCGUGAUGCAGGGCAAGGUAGUCGAGCCGAGUUACGCGAAGGGAAACUGGGGCAUUCGAUGGCGCGAGGACUGACGCUGGAUAAGGCCGUGUCUCCUGCAUACGUAGAAUGAUCUUGUCAUGUAUUGUUCUGUAGCUGAGCCAUGACUUGCUUUCCGCACCCGUGUCUGCAUGUCUCAGUCUCACUGGGAAGCCAGGGCGAAUCGCUAAUGCCGGCAGAUCGCUGCCUCGCACGGCUGGUGUAUUCGCUCGGUAGUGAUGCUCAUUCCGCCAAGUCCCGAGUCCUGGUGCAAUGAGAUGAGGCCUUGCCCGACAGGGAGACUCGUCAUUGUCCGACCGGGGCGGAUCGUCC